AUUAUAAUUUUAAAAAAUGUUGUUUAAUAUUAUUAUAGUUAACAUCUUAAUUGGUGUUUCAUUGCAAACACCGACUAAACACCAAAAUGUGGAUCAAAUGAUAGAUUAUAUCAACAAAGUUCAAAACUCGUGGACAGCUGGCAAAUAUUACGACAAUGACUUUAAAUUGGAUGAUCUUAAGGUCAAAUUAGGUGUUUUGCCACUCGAAGAACAAAUACUUGAGACACAACCGGAACCAGACUAUGAAAACAUAGAAAUACCCGAAUCAUUUGAUUCCAGAGAUAAAUGGCCAAAAUGUCAAAGUAUUAAAGAGAUCAGAGAUCAGGGAUCUUGUGGUUCGUGUUGGGCUUUUGCAGUGGUUGAAGCCAUCUCUGACCGCAUAUGUGUCGCAUCGGAAGCCAAACAACAGGUGGAGAUAUCGGCAGAGAACCUGUUGGCCUGUUGUGACUCGUGUGGCUUCGGCUGUAACGGUGGUAUGCCUGAGAGCGCGUGGGAAUACUACGUAAGCGAUGGUCUCGUAAGUGGUGGUCUUUAUCAAAGCAAAAAGGGUUGUCAACCCUAUUCUAUAGCCGCGUGCGAACAUCACACAACUGGCCACUACCCGCCGUGCAGUAAAACAAUUGUGGAAACACCCGAAUGUCACGAGGAGUGUAGAACCGGCUAUAAUGUUAGCUAUACUCACGACAAACACUACGGUUCAAAAGCAUACGCUGUAUCCAGAACUGCAAAAGCUAUACAAACAGAAAUUAUGACCAAUGGACCCGUUAGUGCCGGUUUCACGGUUUAUGAAGAUUUCCUGACCUAUAAAUCAGGUGUCUAUCAUCACGUGACCGGUGACGCUGCCGGUGGACAUGCCGUCAAAAUCGUCGGUUGGGGCGUUGAUAACGGUGAAGACUACUGGCUUGUGGCCAACUCAUGGAAUGAAGACUGGGGUGAAAAAGGCUUCUUCAAAGUCCGAAGAGGUAAUAAUGAGUGCGGAUUUGAGAGCAGAAUAAAUGCCGGAUUACCUAAAGUCUAAAUAUUUUGCAAUUUAAUAAUUUGUUACAUAUUUUAUAAUAUUAUGUAAUACAGUAUUYAAAAUAAUUGUAWUUCCUAUUACAUUAAAAAUUAUUAAUAAAUUUAUCA